AUGAAGACAGGAAUGAGCAAAGGACCAGAGAACGGAGAAACAGCAGCCAUUGUAGUGUAUGCGCUGCCCCUGCAGCCCAACUUGCAGCUGCCGCUGCCGCCGCCGCUGCCGCCGCCGCCGCCGCCGACGUCGCGCCCACCGCCGCCUCCCCCGGCCUUCUCGGCCACCGCCCCCGCCUCCCGCCGGCCCGCCCCCAGCCCCCACCCGCCGCUGCGCCCGCCCCCCGCGCGAGCUCCGCCCCGGGGCCGGCCAGUCCGCGCUGCCGCCGCCGCGGGCCGGCAGGCCGAUUGGCCGCUGGCGUCGCCCGUCAAGCCGAACCGGGGGCGGGGCGAGGCCCGCCCGCCCCCGCCGCUCAGAGUCCUACGCGCCUGUCAGUCUGGCUGCAGCGCGCGCCGAUUGGGCGGGCGGCUGCCGGGGAGCGGGGGCAGCAUGUUGGGGUGCGCGCUACUUAAGGUCCUGCUGCGUGAGCCAUUGACGUGUUUGGAGCUGGAGACGGCCUGGGUGGUGGCGAAGCGGCGGCCCGAGUGGGUUAACGGCGCGGUGGGUCCCGGCUUCCGGACGCGGCCGAGCCGCAGAUCCUGCUCCGGCUGCUACUACCAGCCGGUGGGCCUGGAAGUGUUCAGUGACGCUCCCUUCCCCCUUGCCUCUGAGGUGCUUGGGAGAGUGGGGCCGAGAACGACCGUGUGGGGAACCGGCUACUUGGUGGAGCAGUUUACCCUUUAG